AAAAUCUUCGAGAAUUUUAGAGGCGGGAAUUUUCUUCUGAUUCGAGAACCAUGGGAGGCGGGAUAUAGAAGCGCCCAGGAAUGCUCCAUUGAUGGAUUCUGAGGAAGAAUCUGCGACAAAACGGAUGAAAACGCCGGAAGAAACCAUGGAAGAGGAAGCAGAUCUGGAAAGGGUAAUAGUAGAGGAGACUGCGCAUGCAGUGAAAGGAUCCGAGGAGAUGGAGAACAGCAUCAAUCUUAUUCUUCAGAGGAUGGAAGGCUUCACAUUUAAGGUCUCUGAGCUUUUAGAAGCAGGGCGUACUCUAUUCAGACAACUAAGCACCCAAUUUGAGGAGCGGAUAAUCUCAAUUCAUCAAAACCAGAUUGAAAUAUGGCAAGAAGAGAUCAAAGAGCUACGUGUUCUUGAUGCAGCCAAUGAGGAAGCAAGUGGUCGUCUUCAUGGCGCUCAGUGCCUUCUUCACAGUGCAGGUAUAAACUCUUGAUACUAUCAUGCUCAUGUGUAUCUCACACUGUACUUCGACACGCAAACAUUCGCGAAAAGGAGAGAUCAGUUUCUUCUGGUGAAGAUUUUGAAUGGGAUAUACAGUUGGUUGUUAAGAGGGGUAACUGGGCCUCUCAAUGACUGUUCAAGUGGGUGUAUGGGUGUAGAUUAAUAGAUCACAAUCUUCAUGUUUUUGCCUUUAAGCCAUGAAUGAAUGAGUGUAUAUGAUUCAUGUGACCAUAGAAUGAUAGAAACCUAUCGCCAUAGGUGUCGUGCCAUCCAAUCAAUGCGGAUGGACAGUGAUAGGGAGAGGGGGACCUCCCCCUCAGGUCAUUUCAUGUUCAGAUGGAUCCCACACUGUCUACAUUGCUGUCCAUCUGUUAAUUGGAUGGUGAUGACA